GCCAUCUGACGAUCGUAUCAAAUGCUUCAGGCUUCUGCACGUCUGUGACGUGUGUUUAUAUGUAUACAUAUUGUUGUCGGUCCCGAUUCUGUCAAUCAUUGCAAUUCGGUGGAGAUUAAUAUCAUAAGCCUAUAAUAUUAAAAUGCCUAUAAAACCUGUUGAUUAUUCUUAAAUCUGAAAUCAGCUUUUAUAUCGAGUAAAAAUGGUCGUAUUAACGAGAGCCGUUUUAGGUUACGCUAAGAAGAUACCGAGGAAAUUUAGACGAGAAGGUCUGAUUGAUAGUUUACGUCUUCACGUGACUGGGGGAACCGGCGGUUCUGGAUUACCCGCUUACGGUGGACUUGGAGGAGCCGGAGGGAACGUGUAUGUUGUCGCGGAAGAAAAAGCAACGUUACAGAAAGUUAAGAACCAAUUGAAGCAUGUAGCAUUGAAAGCAGGGACCGGAGGUGAUAGUAGCAAAAAGGGACUUAUUGGAAUGCCUGGCAAAGAUUUAACCAUAACUGUUCCAACGGGUAUUACCAUUUUUGACGAUAGUCGCAUUAAACUAGGAGAACUAAAUAAAGAGAAUACGAAAUUGAUGAUUGCCAAAGGUGGGUUGGGAGGAUGUGAACAAACUGGAUUUUGCGGUCUCAAAGGAGAAAGUCGUACUGUGGUCCUUGAUCUUCAGUUACUUGCGGAUGUCGGAUUAAUAGGUUUCCCAAAUGCAGGAAAAAGUACAUUUUUAAAUGCUGUUUCCAAGGCUAGACCAAAGAUUGCUAACUACCCAUUUACAACUUUGAGGCCCCAACUAGGUACCAUCGAUUACAAAGAUUACAGGCAAAUUACUGUUGCCGAUUUGCCUGGUUUAAUUGAAGGCGCGCAUAUUAACAAAGGAAUGGGUCAUAAAUUUUUAAAACACAUAGAACGAACGAAACUGCUGUUGUUCAUCGUAGAUAUUCAGGGAUGCCAGAUCUCUCUCAAACACGACCACAGGUCUUGCCUAGAAACCGUGCUUCUGCUGAAUAGAGAAAUUGAACUGUACAAGCCUGACUUGUUGGAGAGACCUUCUAUGAUUAUUGUCAAUAAAAUGGAUACGACUGGCGCGAAUGAAAUCUAUGAAGAGAUCAAGCCGAAAUUAGAGAAUUUAAGAAAAUUCCUAUCCGAAUUCGACGAGUCGAUUCAACCGAAACGAGUAUUGGAGUUUGACGAUAUUUUGACCGCGUCUUUGAAGUUGAACAAAGCAGAUGAAAUAACCGAAAUUAAAACAAAGAUCAGACAUAUUAUUGACAAAUAUGAAGAACAAAAGGUUACUGAAAAUACGGAGAAACUUGAAGAACAGUUAUACAACAAGUUAAAACGUCAAUCCAAACAGUAUGCACCAACGCUCAUUUAAUCAAAAAGGAAAUCAAGAAUUGUAUAUACUAGGAUAUGUAUAAAAAUAUUAUUUGUUUAUUUUAAA